AUGUCUUCGUUUACAGAGUUGGUAGCACUUUUUUUAACAGUUCUUACAUUAGAAAGUGCUGCGAACCCUGGCCCACCACGUUGUUAUAUCAAUCUGGUGGACAACCCUGAUAACGCCUCCCCUUUGAUAGUGGACAGCCACUACAAUUUUCCUACCCCAAAUAAUGGAACCCUUUUGUCAACGAUGACUGGACAAGUACUUUACUGGGCAUGCCCUGGAGGCUACUUCAACAAACCUGGUUUUAAUGUCAACGGCCAAGUAGCAUACUGUGGAGACGCACUAAGACCACAUCUGACGGAAAUUCAUACCAACCCCGACGUCUUAUGUGAACUAGAUUCCAGUAAACUCGUUAGAAUAGGCUACAACGUCAACAAUAACUUCGUCAAAGUACUGGAUGUUUGCUUCCAAACAGACGUCAACAUUCCUCUGUACACUAAAUAUACGUUAAGCAGAUGGGCAUCUUUGAUACCAAAUCACCGAAAACCACCAAGUCGGUAUGUUUACGCCCUAUCUACAAUUCAGGUGGAUGUGGCUAACGUGUACAACGACAUCAACAGCAAUCUAGACAAUUUGGGACUUGGUAAUUACGUUAAUGAUACGUUUUAUUUGAGAAAAGGAAGUCUUGCGUCACAGUGGGACUUUCUUUACACGUAUCAAAGAGACGCAACUUUUGAUUUGACCAACGUGGCACCCCAAUGGAACUCAGUUGGUAAUGGUAACUGGGAGGCGAUAAUUUCAGGAGUUCAGAAGUUUUUACAAAAUCAAGGGACUGGAGAUGAAGCUAAAAUUAUCAGUGGAACGUUAAAAGUAGCGACUCUAACAAAUUCAUCUGGUUCGAAUGUGGAACUUUAUUUGUUGAAUGGUCAAGUUCCAGUUCCAAGGUGGUUUUGGAAGUUGGUAUAUAUUUCUGAGUUGAAUGUUGGCGCUAUAUUUUUUGUGUAUAAUAAUAUAGUGAACCAAGAGUUAUAA